AUGCCACCGCGAAAAUCGACAUCUUCUCUCCCCCCCGCGGAUAAUGAAGCUGCUACUGCUGCUGUUGAAGGAGGAGAAGGACCUACACAAGCGACAGAACAACAGCUAAAGGCCCAGUCAGAGGGUGUUAGUGUGGAGGACCUCCUCCUUCCACGUUCAGUGACGCAGCGUCUGGCAAAAAGCGUUUUACCGCCGAAUACGACUAUCCAGAAGGAUGCCUUGCUGGCCAUUCAAAAGGCAGCGACGGUGUUUGUCUCGUAUUUGUCGUCGCAUGCAAACGAAGCCACGCUAAAACGCACCAUCGCUCCAUCAGAUAUAUUAUCUGCACUAUCAGAACUCGAAUUUGAUUCCCUCCGUCCUCGACUAGAGCGCGAAUUAGAUGCGCAUACCGAAGCACAGGCUGAUAAGAAGAGGGCAAAGGAGAAAAAGGCUGAGAUGCCGUCGGAUAUUAACAAUAAUGAUAAUAACAACCAGAAAGACGGAGACGAGGGCGCGGCAGCAGCAGUGACGAUAGGUGCCGCGGAGGUUGGCAAAAGCGGCGCUGGUGCUGGAGGCGAUGAUCCAAAGAAGAAAGAGAGGAUAGCGACAAUCAAGGGACAUAAACGUGUCAAACGGGAUAGUAAUGGCAAUGAGAGAUCGGCAGAUGAGACUGAGGUGGAGGAGGCUGACGAGGAUGAAACGGAAGAGGAAGAGGAAGACGACGACGACGACGACGAUGAUAAUGGAGACGAGGAAGAAGAAAAUGAGGAUGUUGAUGAAAAUGAGACUCAGUCUGCUGAAGAUCUCGAUCGUGUUGAGGAUCUGGAUGCUCGGAUGGGAGGGCAGGAUGAUGAUGAUAGUGGCAGCGAUGAAAAUGAUGAUGGGCCAGCAGCACAGCUAAGAUCGAAUAUGGGACUGGGUUAA